AUGUUCCAUUAUAAUUGUAUCGUGUUAACCUUAUUAACAGUGUUUUUAUGGCAAAGUAAUGGGAUAAAUGCCAAAUCAUCUUUGAAUAUAGAUGCAAACGAAAUAGAGUGUGAUAUUUGUAUGGGAGUAGUAUCUCUUGGAAAAUUGUUUCUUGUGUCACCAAUCAUGGAUAGCAUAAAGAAAAUGCUUAUAGAAAAACUAUGUUCAUUACCCGGGAUUAUGACAAGAAGAGUAAGUUCAAUGUAUUCGUUGGGGAUAUCAUCAAGCAGACGAAAUAGUCUUUCAUUUCAUAAAACAACGUUCAUCAAAACCAUGCAAGUAUCUUUCGAUGUGUUCAAGGAAUAUUUCUCAAACAUUAACGGGUUGAAUGCAAAGGGAUGA